CAUCAGAGGCUCAGUUUUUUCAUUAGGUUUGAUUGUUUGGUAAUUAAAGUAUAAAAGCUAGAUUUUGGUUUGAACUUUUUUGGUUCACAUAGAGUAUGAAAGUAGCCACACUUCACUUGGAUGACAAUAAAAAUUGUUGUUACAGCAUCAGAAGUGAUAAGCGUUCAGAUGAAGCGAUCAAUUGAACUUUUAGAACAGCCAAGAGUUCCUAUGGCCUAAUUUGUGCAAAUGUGUGAACUUCCACAGCAUAUACAAAAUUUAUCUUUUUACUCUUUAUUAAUUGUAAAAUCUGUUUCAAAACAAGUUUUAUAUAUAUUUAUAAAUCACUCAUUCCCCAAGGCUAGUGUGAGGGGACUGGUCCUUAGGCCUUUUGCUCAAUAAGAAGUAUUACUAGCUCGGCUGUCCCCUCAGGGACAUAGAUCGAUAUCUUUAUUCCUUCUUAAUUACUUUUUGGGGUUAAAUAUGUCUGGUUUUAGCUGCAAUAGUCAACCCUUAAUAUCUGAUAUUUAUUGUUGGAUUAUGACACAGGAAGAUUACUAGAAGAUUUUACUGGUAGAAAAAUUAAUCAUAAGAAUGGCAUUUAUGUCGAAUGGAGAAUGUAGAAGGAGUGCACGCUUAUCUGAACUAGAUGCACGGAAGGCUCAGCAAGCGAAGAGCCAAAAUGGAGCCAAUGGGACUAGCCAGUUAGGAAUGGUACAAGAUUCAGGUCCCAAAAAAGAUUCCUGCCAAAAGCUUGGUAGAAAGAGGAAGACCAGACCUGUGCAUGAUCUUGUAGAUACUAAUGUCAACUGUCAAGUUCAGAAGGCUGGUACUUCGAAUGAUGAAGACUAUCAUAUAAAUGCUGGUGAGCUUUUUUCCUACAUGAAAAUGUGAAUUGCAAUUUUAUUUUGAUUUAAGAACAUGAUCAAGAUAUUAAACUCUCAAAUAAGAAUUCACUCAUUAAUAGUAUGAAAUCAAGCAGCUGAUGUCUUAUCCAGAAUUGCGACUCCAGAAAGAAAAAAUUUUGAGCUGUUACUGAGUAAAUUGAAAAGGUAUGUACUUUUUAUGUUAACUUGUGCUAUGUAUAGGAUGAGUCAGGGUAUUUCAAUCUAUAAAUCUUUUGGAGUACAAAUUUACAUUUUUUGCACCUAAUUAAACUGAUUUUUGUAUUUUUAGGAGAGACUUCUACCGAAUCUUUGCAGAACCAGUAGACCCAAUUGAAGUCGAAGGAUAUUAUGAUGUCAUUAAAGAACCAAUGGACUUUAGCACGAUUACAGAAAAACUUAACAGAGGAAGCUAUGUAACAGUUCAAGAGUUUGAGCACGACAUAUCUUUGGUGUACAACAAUGCAAUGCAUUUCAAUGCUUCUGAUACCAUUUAUUACAAACAGGCACAUGCUAUAAAACAACUAGCUAAUAAGCUCUUUAGUGCUCUGAAAGCUGAUCCCACUAACUUUGAAACUGAAUGUUCCAUGAGAAAUGUAAGACCUCGUAGGAGGGUCAAGGCUGUAUCUGGAUCUCUGAAUUCUAACUCUUGCAACAAUACAAAUGGCCGUAGAUAUGAAAGAGGAUCACGUAAUUUUGAACUACAACCACGUUGGACCUAUAGUUCACGUACUUCUUUUCUGAAAGAGAAUGAGCCAUUAGUGACACAAGUUUAUAACAGCACAAAAAACCUUGAGCUGGUUAAGGAGAAAAAAAUUGGAUACUCUGAGAGUUUAAUACAGUUUGCAAACAAUUUGGGGCCAACAGCUCAAAUGGUUGCCAAGAGGAUACUAGAAAGAGGCAUGGCUGGAAGUUCAAACUAUCAUCUUCGAGCUUCAAAUGAUCAAAAUUCUGCUGUAGUGUCUGCAUGUAUGGAAUUGUCCACAGGUCCACCUCUGAAAUUACUUGGGAACACUAUUGGGUUCCAUAGGUUUUCAGGUGAAGAAGUAGACAUUCAAAAUGGCAUUUUGAAUGGAGGGAAGGCAUUAUCUGUUGACAACAUGGACAUAUAUGAUGUCUUGAGAGGAGGAAUCGCUCAGGCUAGCAGCACCAUGAAAACCCUUGGUGAGAUCCACAAAAGAAGGGUCCAAGCUCCAGAUAAUCAAUUCACUGCUGCAGAAUUUGCACGAAAGGGUAUCAGUGUUGCUCCAUCAUUAAAGGUUGAUGGAAAUUCUGUCAGAUACCUUUCCCUUUCUGGCAAAGAAUUAGAUAUUCACGGUGGCACUUUAUCGGGUAAUGGGUUUAACAAACAUGUCUCAGUGACUGGAGAUGGAAAGCUAGAUUUUCCUGCAGAAUGGGAGACAAAUAGCAACCCGAACAAAUUCAGUUUCGUAAGGUUGAUGCUAGAAGCUAUCCAUGAUAGCUUCGAGCAAACAACUGAUGUGGUUUCUUCAGGGUUAGAAAUGCAAGAGUUAUUACCUACAAGUUACAGUUGUCCAUCUUCUUCAUUGCUGUGGCCUUUCCAAUCUAUUCCAGGAGGACCAAGUAGGAGUCAAGACAUUGGCUUCAUUCAGGAGGCGGAUUUACAAAAUCUUGGUGGAGUAUGUCAAAUUCAAGCUAGGGAAGGUCGGGAAGGUCCAAGCCUUGGAGGCAAUAUGGAGCAGGAAAGCCAGGUUUUGAAUUGGUUUAAGUUGAAGGUGGACAGAGGGUCAAGUAGUACUCAAGCCUUGGGCUCCAUGCAGGGGUUGGAUUCUCAUUAUCUUGGAGUGCGUCAAGUUCAAGCUACAGCUGAUGAGGCAGGCCCAAGCCAUGGAGGCAAUGUACUGCAGGGAGGUGAAGUUUCAAAUUGGUAUAAGCUGACAGGUUUUGGAGUGGAUGGGGCAGGACCAAGCCAUGGCGGUAUUGUAAAUGGAAGACAAGUUUCAAAUUGGUUCAAGCCAACGGAGUUGGGGCCAGAACCUAUUCCUGAUGAUUGGUUCCAGCAGCAAUGUAGGUCUUUAGCUGAAGUGGAGUUAUUAUGUCAAGCUGAGCCCUUGCAACAGCAAGGCUGGGACAUGACUCCUUAUGAUGGAAAGACCAUGGAGACAUCAAAUAUGUGUGACAGGAACACCCAGAGCAGGAGAGUUGAGAAUUGGAGGUCCAGCUGAUAACCAGCAGAAGCAACCCUCGUGGGAUUCUUGCCUUCUUCAAUGGGCUUUUCAACCAUGAACUAAAGUAUUUCAUAAGUAGCUAGUAGUGUAACUUGACCAUACCAGUGUGAUGCGAUGCAUGGGACAUGUUUUUUUGUGGUUAUAAAGAAAAUAAAAUAACAUAAAAGAAAAGAAAAAAAUGAAAAAACAAUGGAAUUUCAUGGUGCAGUUGGUGUUGUAGUCGUCAGA